GGUUUAACUCAGGGUAGUUGGUGUCCCCAUUAUUAAAAAUAACAUUCACUUAAUUUUACUUAAGCCGAUUCGAGUAUUUUUAACAACUUUAUCAAAUUUCAAAUUUUGCCCUAGAUUUUUAGAUCUUUUAGUUCUGGUUAAAAUAGUUUAAAUAUAAAUUUUUCUUUGUAAUUUUACAACACUCGCUAAAAUUGAUAGAAAAAAUGACGCUAACACCAACACUUUUAUGGGCUCAAACAAAAGAUGAUCUCUACUUGACAGUAGAGUUAACAAAACCGUCAGAUUUGAAAGUUGACUUGACAGAUGAAGCUUUCAAGUUCUAUGCCAAGAAGGACGGCAACGUUUAUGAGUUCGACUUCAAAUUUUUCAAGCCAGUCAAGUCAAGUGACUACAAGACAAAGGACCAAAGGUUUCUCGAAUUCAAGGUACCAAAGUCAGAGCCUGAGUCAUGGACAACCCUCAACUCCUGUGGAAAGAAACACUACAUCAAAUGCAACUGGGACAAAUGGGUUGACUCUGAUGCCGAAGGUGAUGACUUGAACGAUGGAUUCGACAUGCCAAACUUCGGAGAUUUUGGAGACUUUGACAUGAAUGGCAUGGGUGAUAUGGAAGAUGAAAUGGACGACCUGGAGGAUACAGAUAACGAGGAAACUACUAAUGCCAAAUCACCUCACUGCAAGAAUCCAAACUGCCAGUGCGACCCAUGUGAGUGUACUCCAGAGAAGCAAUGCUCAGAGGGAGCAUCUGAUUGCCCCUCAAAAGAAGAUUGCUGUGGAAAAUCAGAGUGCCAUCCAAAAGGAGCAGAGGACUCUUGCUGCGCAACAAAAAACUGCUCUGAAAAAUGCCCAUGCUAAUUUUUUGCAGGCAUUUGCUUCACUAAAUUCUAUUGUCUAUA